AGAGGGAAAGGCAACUCCAAGAAAAUGCGGAUCCUCCUGCUGGCUCUUGCUGUUGGCUUUGCUUGUGCAGAUUCCCAAAUCAAUCCAGCAAGGAUAAAUGGGGAAUGGCGCAGCAUUGCCGAAGCCGCUGACAAUGUGGAGAAGAUCCAAGAGGGUGGACCACUGAGAGCCUAUCUCAGAUCACUGAACUGUUUCCAAGGAUGCCGGAAGCUCUCUGUCAACUUUUAUGUUAAGCUUAACGAGGACUGGCGUGAGUUCUCCGUCUUGAGUGAGAAGAGACCGUCAGACGGAGUGUACACCGCAGUCUAUUCCGGUCAGAACUUCUUCAACAUUUCUUCACCAGACGAUGGCAUCACAGUAUUUUCAUCCACCAAUGUGGAUGAGAAUGGCAGGAGAACACGCCUGUUGCUCCUUGGUGCGAGAAAAGACUCCCUGACCCAGGCUGAGGAAAGCAAAUUUAGGCAGCUGGCUGUGGAAAAUGGCAUCCCGGAGGAAAACAUAGUGAAUCUGGCUGAUUCAGACACCUACCCAAAUUAAAGGCGUUGCUUGGGUGUCCAAAGGGGAGGAGUAGUAGAAAUGUUAACUUCUCCAAGACACGCAAAUCGCCAAUAAGUAGCUGCAUGGUGCUCUUCUUUGCAGUUGCCUUUUCUUCUCACCUCUGAGGCCAGGGACCUGUCCCACGGUGGCAUCUAGACC